UAUAGUGUUGACUAUUUGCUUAUGGAAAAAAGUCCACCCUCCCUCUCCCUCCCAACCCCCAUCUAUUUUAACGAUUCUAUUUCUCUCUGCGCUAGUACUUGUAUAUAUAUCUAUAUAUAUAUAUAUACCCCAUAUAUAGAUAUAGAUACAGAUCUGGCUGGAAUCUAAAACCCUAAUUUUCCCCUGAUCAUCAAAUGAUGUCUUCUUCAAAUUCAUUGCCUUACUCUAUCAAAGAUAUACAAUAUGAUAACGCCAAAUUCCGUCAACGUUCCCUUUUAAAGGUUGUUUCGAAUGGUCUUCUCACUAAAAGAGUGAGGCGUGAAUGCACGUCUUGUAGUACAGGAAAGUUUCUUGCUUUAUUAAUGAUCUUUGGUUUGACGUAUCUUGUGCUUACUCAUGCAAGUCCCAUUCACUCUAUAACUAAUGGUGUUGGGUCUGACGAAGGGGAUAAGUCGAUCAUAAAUGGUGGCAUUGGAGUUAGACGGUUUUGGAGAAAACCGCCAAGGCUUCCUCCACGAUUGUCACCUGAUGAAGUAAAUAGUAACAAUAAAUCUAUGCAUAAUCUUGAACCUGAAUGGAUAGCUAGGCAAGAGGGUGUUAAGAAAGCAUUUAUCCAUGCAUGGUCAGGGUACAAAAAGUAUGCAAUGGGUUUUGAUGAACUUAUGCCGUUAAGUAAGAGAGGCGUCGAUGGUUUGGGGGGACUAGGGGCUACUGUUGUGGAUGCAUUGGAUACAGCUAUGAUAAUGAGACUGGAUGAUGUUGCUUUUGAGGCCGGUUCUUGGAUUGAAAAACAUCUUCCUGAAAGAAUUUCUAAAAAAGGUCAAGUUAAUUUAUUUGAAACCACCAUACGUGUUGUUGGUGGCCUUUUGAGUGCCUAUCAUUUAAGUGUGGUACAACAACAAGGAAAUCAUACAUAUAAGGGUCCCAACCCAUCUGUUUACCUAGAAAAUGCGAAGAACUUGGCUGAUCGUCUUUUAACGGCUUUCACUUCAAGUCCCACUGCGAUUCCGUUCAGUGAUGUUGUAUUGCAUGAUAACACUGCACAUGCUGCCCCUGAUGGACUGAGCAGCACUUCAGAAGCUUCGACUUUGCAGCUUGAGUUCAAUUAUCUUAGUUUUCUUACUGGUGAUCCGAAAUACAGUGUUGAAUCAAUGAAGGUUCUAGAACAUAUGAAGACUCUUCCGAAGGUUGAAGGUCUCGUUCCGAUCUACAUUAGCCCUUCUUCUGGCGACUUUUCUGGAGACAAUAUCAGACUAGGUUCCCGAGGAGACAGCUAUUAUGAAUACCUUAUCAAAGUUUGGCUUCAGCAGAGAGAAAGUAAUCGGAAGUAUCUACAUGAAAUGUAUGAGGAAGCAAUGAAAGGUGUUAAGCAUCUUCUUGUUCGGAAAUCUAAGCCAAAUGGUCUGGUUUUUGUUGGGGAAUUGCCUUCUGGAGUUGAUGGUAGCUUUAGUCCCAAAAUGGAUCAUUUGGUCUGCUUCUUGCCUGGGACUCUUGCACUUGGAGCCACCAAAGGCAUUACCAAGGCGAAGGCCAUGGAGAAGAAUUUGCUCACUUUUGACGAUCUUGAAAACCUGAAGCUGGCAGAAGAUCUUGCUAAAACAUGCUUUGAGAUGUAUGCUGUGACAUCUACUGGGUUGGCUCCAGAGAUUGCUUAUUUCAAUUCUGAGGGCUAUUCUGAGGAUGGUCUUGAUGGAGGAAACAAGACUUCAGAGUAUAUACAUGACAUUGUUAUUAAACAUGCUGAUCGUCACAACCUUUUGCGCCCUGAAACUGUUGAAUCAUUAUUAAUCCUAUACCGUAUUACAGAAGAUUCAAAAUAUCGUGAAUGGGGUUGGUCAAUCUUUGAGGCUUUUGAGAAGUACACAAAGGUUGAUUCCGGUGGUUAUAGUUCUCUGGAUGAUGUAACUGAGAUUCCUCCUCGUCGAAGAGACAAGAUGGAGACUUUUUUCUUGGGUGAAACCCUCAAGUAUUUAUAUUUGUUAUUUGGUGACAGUAAUGUUAUUCCGUUGACGGAGUUUGUCUUUAACACAGAAGCUCAUCCUAUUCCCAUCCUGACAACAAACAAAAAGGAAUGAUUCUUUUUCAGUGCCAGAGAAGUCAUUUACAUUAUAAAUAGAACCUGGAUCACCAAGAGUAUUCAGGUGUGUGAAAUACUGAUCUAGAUGUACAAGGAUUCAGUUCUUGAAGUGAAGGAUGUAUACUGAUACUCAAGUACACAAACAGUUUGACCUGCUUAUAUGUGAACCUAAGGAACCCUAUGUCACAUUUUUCCUGUCUUCAAAUAUGUAUUACCAUCAGGUUGAUGUAGUUGUAAGGGAUGCUUAUUUGUUAUUUAGUUGCUUAGUGAAAAAGUUGAUAUAACUACUUUUGUUGUAACUGCUCUUGAAGCAAUGAUGAGUUAAGAUUAUGGUCUCGGA